CAACAUAAAAAAAAAAUUAAAAAAAAAAAAACAAAAACAAAAACACAAAUAAAAAUAAAAAAGCCUCACACUUUCAUUUCUUCUUCUUCUCCAAUUCUCUUCUCUUUUUGUGUGGAAGCCAUGGAUGAAGAAUACGACGUCAUAGUGCUCGGAACAGGCCUCAAAGAAUGCAUUCUCAGCGGCCUUCUCUCAGUCAACGGUCUCAAAGUUCUGCAUAUGGACAGGAAUGACUACUAUGGAGGGGAGUCUACCUCACUUAAUCUUAAUCAGCUGUGGAAGCGAUUCAAGGGCAGUGACAAGCCUCCAGAGAAUUUGGGUUCAAGCAAAGACUAUAAUGUCGACAUGAUCCCAAAGUUCAUGAUGGCUAAUGGUGCUCUGGUUCGAGUCCUUAUUCAUACCGAUGUAACAAAAUACCUCAAUUUCAAGGCUGUAGAUGGUAGUUAUGUCUACAACAAAGGGAAGAUCCAUAAAGUACCAGCUACUGAUGUAGAAGCUCUUAAAUCUCAACUUAUGGGAUUAUUUGAGAAGCGACGUGCUCGAAAAUUUUUCAUAUAUGUGCAAGACUAUGAUGAGAAUGAUCCAAAGUCUCAUGAAGGAAUGGACCUCAACAAAGUUACAGCACGAGAUCUUAUUUCGAAGUAUGGGCUAGAUGACAACACAGUUGAUUUCAUUGGCCAUGCACUAGCACUCCACCGAGAUGAUAGUUACUUGGAUGGGCCUGCUAUGGAUUUUGUGAAGAGGAUUAAGUUGUAUGCAGAAUCUUUGGCACGCUUUCAAGGAGGGUCUCCUUAUAUAUAUCCCCUCUAUGGACUGGGAGAACUGCCCCAGGGAUUUGCUCGGCUAAGUGCUGUUUAUGGUGGCACCUACAUGCUUGGCAAGCCAGAAUGCAAGGUAGAGUUUGAUGAAAGUGGGAAGGCGUAUGGAGUGACAUCAGAAGGAGAAACUGCAAAAUGCAAAAAAGUUGUCUGUGAUCCUUCAUACCUGCCCGACAAGGUGAAGAAGAUUGGAAAAGUUGCCCGUGCAAUAUGUAUUAUGAGUCAUCCGAUUCCAAAUACCAAUGAUUCUCAUUCAGGCCAGGUUAUUCUGCCCCAGAAGCAACUUGGACGUAAAUCAGAUAUGUAUCUGUUUUGCUGCUCCUAUUCCCACAAUGUAGCUCCAAAAGGGAAAUACAUUGCUUUUGUUUUAACAGAGGCAGAGACUGAUAACCCUCAAGUGGAGUUGAAGCCUGGAAUUGAUCUCCUUGGACCUAUAGAUGAAAUUUUCUUUGACACUUUCGACAGAUAUGAACCUAUUAACCAGCAUGAUGUUGACUACUGUUUCAUUUCCACGAGUUAUGAUGCAACGACACACUUCGAAACCACAGUACAAGAUGUGAUUGCCAUGUAUAGUAAAAUUACUGGAAAGGAUCUUGACUUGUCUGUGGAUUUGAGUGCUGCUAGCGCUGCUUCUGAAGAAUGAAAUUGUGGCCUUAAGUUUGAACUAGUACUGGAUUAGGAGCUACAACAACACUUAAUGCUGUACCUUUUUUUUUUUCUCCUUAAUUUUUAAUUGUGAGACUAUAGGUCCAACUUUCUUUAUAGUCAGCUUUGUGUUUUUUGUAUGUUUGGAGCCGAAUUUUUGCACCUUCUUUUGUUCAAAAUUGAUUCCAGUACUAAGUGUCAGAGGUCCUUUGUUAGAAGCUUUCUUUUUCUGCCACUAGCUCGCUAGUUGCUGAUAGCAUUAAUUCGUUUGACAUUCUAAAAUUUAAUUUUAGUU